AUGAUUGGCUACCGCAUCAUUGGCGGCUUGUUGUUCAACUCGCUGUGUCCUUAUAUCAUCUUGUUCGUCAUCUCGGCACGCAUAUCGUUAGUGCUGCAUGCAGCUAGCAAGGAGCGCCAAGGUUUGGAUGCGUCACUCAGAAGAGCAAAUACAAGAAACGUCGAUUCAGAAUUGGUCCUUGUCGCUGUGAUGACGAAAUUCCUCAUUUCACGCUCGAUGCCAACAGCACUGGAUUUGGCCGAGCAUAUUGUCAGCUCUCGGGAAUUUCUUAAUUCCAAAACUGCCACGCUGUUUGUUGACAUAAGCAAUUUGAUUGUCGUCUUUUCUAGUGCCACUAAUUUCUUCGUUUAUUUCGGUCUGUCAGCUGCAUUUCGACGUAGUGCUUCUUAUUCGCUAACUAAACCCUGUUCUCGGUCUUCUCCCUUCCAAGAACGACGCCGCCACUUCGCUGUUAGGCGUCGUGCUGUUAAUACCAACUACCUGCCUCGAAUGGUCUCAUUACAUUACCAUAUGAACAGGGCUGCAGUAGUUGCUGCUGAUGGACACCUGCCGGUCAGCAUCGAAGCACUCAUAUAA